AUGACGGACGCCGGAGGGCCCGACGUCCGCGCAAUGCAGGACCCGCACGGGAAGGGCCUGUGCGGUGCAGACGCCGUGUACGUCGCCGGAGAGGACGAGCCACGCAUCGUCACGGGCGGCAACGACAAGAGGAUCUGCGUCCGCGGCGCGACGCUCGCGGAAGACUCCCUCGAGUCCGAGGCGAGCGACUCGGAGGGGGCCGUCCUCGCGCUCGCAGCGCACCCCGCGGGCACGCACGUAGCUGCUGCGUGUGCUGACGGCUUCGUCCGCGUCUACGAGCACCCCGCGUGCACGUUCGACCGCAACGCGACGCGCUUCACGCUCCCCGCGCGCGCCGUCGCGUUCUCGCCCUCGGGCCAGUUCCUCGCCUGCGCGGGCGACGACCAGGGCACGCGCAUUCUUGAAAUCCCAACUGGCGGUGACUCGGCGCCCAAGGUCUUCCGCGAACUCGAAACGCAGCCCUUCGUCGCCGCCGUCGCCUACGACCCCGAGGGCGAGUUCCUCGCGGUCGCCCACGCCGACGGCGGCCUCCAGUUCUGGAACAUCGCGCAGCGCCGCGUCGUCAGCAGCCACCGCGGCGCCUGCCCCAAGGCCGACGCGGCGGCGGGCAAGGCGCUGCGGGUCAGCUGGCACCCGGACGGCUCGGUCCUGCUCGCGCCGGGCCGCGAGGCGGAGGUGCUGGUGUUCGAGCGGCUGUCGUGGGGCGCGAGCGACGCGCUGCCGGCGAAGUCGCUGCGGGGUGCCGUGGGGGUGGUCGCGGUGUCGCCCAACGGGCUGUACGUGGCGGCGGCGGACCGGAAGGGCGCGGUGUCGAUCGUGAACAUGGCGACGAAGGAGGAGGUCGCGGCGCUGAGCGGCGGCGCGGUGGUGUCGUCCCUGACGUGGCACCCGACAGCGAGCGCGCUGUGCGUGGGGGACUUCGACGGCGGUGCGCGCGUGUGGACGAACCCGAUCCCGGACGGCGAGCCGUCGCCCGUGGAGGACGUCGAGGGCGCCGGUCCCGCGAAGGCCGCGGCGCAGGCGACGGAGGGCCAGGCAGGGACCAUGGCGGACGGGGAGGCCGCCGCCGCGGACGGGGACGCCGGGGAGGACAGCGACGACGACAGCGACCUCGGGUCGAUGGCGGACUUCAUCGACGAGGACGAGCUGGACCCGCGCGGCCGCGGCGCGCGCGGGAAGUCCAAGCGCAGCGGCGGCGGCGCCCCGGGGGUGUCUCGGAGGGAGCUGCUGGCCGUGUGCCCGAAGCCCCAGGAGGCGGCGCAGCCUGGGCAGACCCCCCUGGAGCCGGACACGCGUCGGCGGUUCCUCGCGUUCAACCUCCUCGGCACCGUGUCGACGCUGCAAGAGGACACGUACGCUACUGUGUCUGUGGAGUUCCACGACGCGAUUGCGUUCCGGACGAAGCCCGCGCCGUUCACGGACUACUACGGGUUCCACGUCGCGGACCUCGCCGAGCACGGCAGCGUGUUCGCGGCGCGGGCGAAGGGCGAUGAGCAGCCCGCCGCUGUGCAGUACCGCCCGCUCGACCCGUGGGCGCCGUCCGCGGACUGGACGCUGCAUCUGCCGCAGGGCGAGGAGCCCGUGUGCGUGGCCGCGGGCGGGGACUUCGUGGCCGUCGCCACCACCGCAAGGACGCUCCGCGUGCUGUCGUUGGGCGGGCUCGAAACCGCCACGCUGAGCCUGCCGGGCGAGGUGGUGGCGCUCGCGGCGCAGGGGGACCUCCUCACGGCGGUGUUCCACGGCGCGCCGGCCGGGCCGGAUGCCACGCAGCACCUCGAGAGCCGCACCUUUGACGUCGCGCGGGCGGAGCAGGUGUCCGCGGGCCCGCUCGCGCUGACCAAGGGCGCGAAGCUGACGUGGCUGGGGUACUCCGAGGCCGGCGUGCUGUGCACGUACGACACGGCCGGCGUCCUGCGCGCGCGGUCCGCGGAGUGGGGGGAGUCCUACGUCCCGAUACUGGACACGCGUGCGCUGCGCAAGACGGAGAAGGAGCACUUCUUCAUCUGCGGCGUGACGAGCGAGAACGCGGUCGCCGUCAUCUGCAAGUCCGCGAGCCCCGAGGACCUCCCGCGCGUGUACCCGCCGCCCGUGCAGCAGAUGCUGGACUUGCAGGUGCCGCUGAUGGCGCAGCCGGGGCUGCAGGCGGCCACCGACCAGCGGCGCGCGUUCGCGGCCGUCGCGUGCGGGAUCGCCAAGGCGCAGGCGGCCUGCGGGGCCGACGCCGCGCUCGUGGCGCUCCAGCAGCUGCAGACGGCUCAGGACCGCGCACUGCUGGUGCUGGUCAAGGAGGCGCUCCAGGGCAACCGCGCGGCGCUCGCAUUCGACAUCGCCGCGCGGCUGUCGUCGACUGUCGCCGUGGAGGGCGCGAUCAAGCUGGCUGUGCACUUCAAACACGAGCUGCUUGCCAACAAGCUGAACACCGAGGUGCUGGGGCGCGACGGGUCGGUGGAGGGCGCGGAGGAGGGCGCGGUGGUGGACGGCCCGCGGCCGAAGAAGCGCCGGCUGCCGCCGGCGACCGCUGCCGCCGCGCAGGACGUGGGCGGGGGGAGUGCGAACCCGUUCUCGCGCAAAGCGACGCGGGGCGCGUGA